AUGCACGCAUGCAAUGAGGAGAAGCUGGAAUAUGGCGGCGAUGAAGGACAACAGACGAGACGGCCGGGGGGUCAUGCCUACGAACCCGUUGUGGCGUUGGUGUGGGUACACUCCACCUGGAAUUUGAGGUCCUCGGCUCGCUCGCUGGUGUUGCACCGGCCCCCCGGUGGUCUGGGCACGUGGUCGACGAACGGAGUGCUCUGGAUCGUCACGACCUGA